AUGGGUGGUGACAGCGGUUCCGGUUCCGGUUGGGGCAGUGGAGGCAGUGACAGCGGGAUGAACCAAGGAGGCCAAUACGGCGGCGGCGGCGGCUCUGGCAGUCAGGGUGGCUCUUGGGGUGGCAACAACUACAACAAUCAAUACUCGUCCUGGGCGGCACCAACCACUACCUACCAAGCCCCGAGUUGCCCAAGCUGCCCGGCCCAGACCUGCCCGCCUCCUAUGAAAGAGACCAUGACCGAAACGACAACCGUAACGGCCGUGUCCCCGUGCAUGGGAAGCACCGUGACUGCCUACGUGACUCAGUGGAUGAACGCUCCCCCCGGGUGCUGGUGCGGUGCUGGCAGCCCGCCUCCUAUGGCGUCUGGGUGGGAAAUGGGGGGAAUGGGCAAUGCUGCCAUCUUUACAUCUUCCAACCCGUCCUUCACGCCUGGUCUUUCGUCAAUUCCAGCAUCUGAAGCCAUCAAGACUGGCGUGACGGUGGCUGGCGCUCCACCAGCUGCGGCCCCAACUGCUGCUGUCUCUCCUGGUGGCUUCUUCGGGCAGUCAUCGAGCUCUGCGAUGACGACAUCUGCCAGAAGCUUCGAGCUCAACUGCCAGCACGAGCUCAUCGUCGGCGGCAGCAGCAGCAGCGACAGCAACAACAACAACAACUUCGUCAGCAUCAACGACUUCCACUACCACUUCAUCAAAAUCCUCGUCUUCGUCUUCAUCAUCAACCACAACGACAAUUUCAUCAAGUGA